UAACCACAUGAAUUGUAAAAAAUAUUGUAAUUUAUGAUUUAGGGUUUGCAAAAUUUGUUAACACAAAAUCAAAAUUGCAGGAUAAUAUGCCGGAUAUGGAACAUGAGCUGAAACGUCAACAUUAGACAUUUUAAUUUUUCAGGUUGCUUCUCGAUGUUGCAUUGCUAAAUUAAUUGUAGUUUAUAAUUUAUUAUCUACUUAAAGAUACAAUAUGUCUGACCGCAAAGCAGAAUUAGAGAAAAAGAAAGCUAAACUACAAGCCAUCAGAGAACAAAAAGAAAGACUGCGCAAAGAAAAAGAAAAAAAAGAUGGAGAUGAAGCAGUUUCUCGUGGUAUUAGUGUUGAAAAAGAUCAAGGUAAAGAAAUUGAUGAAAUGUUAUCAUCUCUCGGAGUUGCACCAGUUUCAGAUGUAUUAUCAAGUUUGACCACUUCGCCUAAUAAAAGUGAAUUAUUAUAUAGUUCAAUGUCAACUCCUGAUUCUAGUGCAAAAGGAUCACUACCUCAAACUCCAGCAACUGGUCCAAAGCCUACAAAGAAAAUUCGUGAGUUAUCAAUUGUUUCUCUUUCUUCUACAAAUAUUCCACCAAAAGAGGUAGAAUGCUACACUAAAGCUGUUCAGACUACACAUUCAUCAAAUGAAAGAGACGGAUCCUGCACUUCUUCCCCUCUUAAAGGUUAUUUUGAAGAUUGGUGGAGGCCUAGAAAAGAUGGGGACAAUAUCGGAAAUCAUGGAACAUUUUCAUCAACAGCUCAAGCAUUUGGAUAUUACGACGAAUACAACUUAAAUCCUGGCUUGGAGUGGGAAGACGAAUUUACAGCGGAAGAUGAAGAUAUCAGCCUUACAAAUUUGUCCACUUUCCAAAGCAAGCUGCCACCAGGUAUUCUAUCUCAAGGACUUCCACAAGUGAAGGAAGUUGCACCAGCUGUCACUUCACUGGAAAGAGAAUUAAUUGUUAAAGAAGAACCUAAAAAAGUUAGAGAAUUAAGUGAUGCAGAAAAAAUGAUGAUCGUUCAUUCAGAAGAUUUUCAACAAUUUAUGGACCGAGCAGGACGUGUGAUGGAACGGGCUUUAUCUGAAAAUGUAGAUAUUUAUACAGAUUAUACUGGUGCUUUAGAUGACAAUGAUGUUAAUGAAGACAAAAGUAGUACCCGAUUAUCAUUGACACGUGUGUUUUACGAUGAACAUUGGUCUAAAAAUCGUUUAGUUACAUCUUUAGAUUGGUCUCAACAAUUCCCUGAACUCACUGUAGCAUCGUACAAUAUUUCUGAUGCACCACAUGAACCUGAUGGUGUAGUUCUUGUAUGGAAUACUAAGUUUAAAAAGAAUUCUCCUGAAUAUGUAUUUCAUUGUCAGUCAAGAGUACUUUCAGCCACAUUUGCUAGGUUUCAUCCAAAUUUAAUUUUAGGAAGCACUUAUUCUGGACAAAUAGUUUUGUGGGAUAAUCGAGCUCAGAAGAAAACUCCUAUUCAGAGAACACCAUUAUCAAAUACUGCUCAUACUCACCCUGUGUAUUGCAUCCAAGUUGUGGGUACACAAAAUGCACAUAAUCUCAUCAGUAUUUCAACUGAUGGGCGAUUGUGUUGCUGGAGUUUAGACAUGUUAACUCAACCGGUUGAACGCCUUGAUUUAACUGCAAAGCAAUCUAAAUCUGUGUCCGUAUCUACUUUUGCCUUUUUGCAUGAUGAUGUUAACAAAUUUGUGUUUGGUAGUCAAGAAGGAGCUGCAUAUUCUGCUUGUAGACAUACAAAAAAAGCCGGUGUAGUUGAGAGUUAUGAGAGUCAUAUAGCACCGAUUACAGCCAUUGAUACCCACCGUGCUGUCGGAAACACUGAUUUUAGUCACUUAUUCUUGACAAGUUCAAUAGAUUGGACAAUAAAAUUAUGGAACAUUAAGGAAUCCAAACCAAUUCACUCAUUUGAAAACAACAAUGAUUAUGUAAGCAGUGUCGCUUGGUCUCCUGUUCACCCAGCUGUGUUUGCUGCAAUUGAUGUUACUGGCCGUUUAGAUUUAUGGAACCUUAACAACAAUACAGAAUCACCAACAGCUAGUACAGUUCUUGACAACUCGCCAUUAUUAAAGAGUCUUAUGUGGUCUCAGAAUGGAACUCAUUUAAGUGUUGGGGAUGAAUAUGGAAAAAUAUCCGUAUUUCAAGUUGGAGAGCAAAUGACUCAACCAAGACAUGAUGAUUGGUCCAAACUUUCUAACACACUUCAAGAAUUAAAGAGUAACCAGACAGAUGAAAUGGAUAAAUCUAUUAACUACAGUUCAGGCUCAGUUUCUUCGGUUUUUUCUAGAUCUUCUAGUAUUUUGAUGAAGUAAUUUACCUUGAUAAAUAAUAAGUUAUAUUAUAUUUAAUAUGUCUCAUGUUAAUCUUACAGACAUGUAUCAAUUUACAAUCCUUAUAUAAAAAAACAGAUGCUUGUUUUAUUUAAUUGCACUAUUUAAAAAUAACCUGUUAAACAUUGCCUCCUAAUUUACUUAUAUUUUAAAACUUAACUUAUUUUGAACAUAUUUAAUUUGUAUGAUAAUGUACUGAAAUAAAAUAUUAUCUUUGAUGUUAUACAACAUAUUUAAAAAGAAAGUAUGUACUUUUCUUAUUUUCCAAGUAUAAAUAAUAUGCAGAUGAAAAGUUAUGUUCUUAAAAUACUAAGAAUUGUAAAUGAAACGAUGGAGGAUGAUUUAGUGUGGAGAGAAAUAGAGGAGCAUCUUGCAUCAGGCAUGAGUGUCACAAAAAAAUCCGGUUGAGAUUAAAAUGUAGAUUUUAUUAAGAAAAAGAGAAGAAGUUCUAAGAAGGUUGAAAAGAUAGAUUUACAGAAUAGAAGAUGGCACAAAUUCACAAAAAAAUAUUGUCUGACUGCCAGAUUGCAUGUGGAAAGGAGAUCCGGAGCCCUGGAAGACAGAGCCAUAUAGACUUUUGGAGUAUGAAACUAGUGUAGGAGUGAGACAAGGGUGCCCACCAUAGAAAAUAUAUACACAAAUAUGUGCCCACUGCCCACUAGCAAACCCCAAUGGCCCAAUGCCCCAUAUAUUAUUUUGAACCGGAGCCUUGAGGAUGAAGAAGGACUGAGUAACUACUAACUAGUAAUAAAUUUAGCCAUGGUAACUGGUAAGUACUAAGACACUUAAGACAAAAUAAGAAUAUUAAAAUUAACUAUUAAGACGAUGUCACACCCUCAUGUGUUGUCUCUGUCUUACAAAUGUACAACAUAGCAAAAACUGUUUUGCGCAGGACAAUUUUUAUCUUUCUGUGUUUCAGUGUUUGUAGUCGUGGCUCCAAAAUUUCUGAACAUAUAAGGUGGAAAAUUAUCUAUACAACAGCGUGCCCAUAUUUUAGAUAACAUAAAUACAAUAAAAGUUAUUUGCUCUUAAACAUUUUGUUUUUUUGUUUUUUUAAUUUGCAUUUUGCUUAUAUAAAAUGAUUGGAUAGUGCUAUUAAAAAAAGAGCACGCUGUUACAGAACACACUUACACAGCUGAUAAAGUUCUUCUUUACGUGUUGUGAAAAUUUGGUAUCGUUUUGGUAAUUUAAUUUCUUAUCACGGGUCCCCUCCCGUACAACAGUGUGGUACAUUUGGCUACACUGCAGUGUCAUCUGUUAUCUAACCCUAUUAGGUACUGCUUGAUUUUCUGUGCAAUGCGCCAAUGCUAAGGCUUUAUAGGCGAUACGUAAAAUUUAUUUCUCUCAUUUUCAGUUUUUACAUUUACAUAUCAACGUUUGUUCGUAGCUUCGUAAGAUUAAUUAUAAUUUUAUAAUUUAGAGGUAUUACCAAUAAAAUUCAAAAUGGUUAUGCCAGGAAUGACUAUAGAAAGCUUGAAAAAACACAA